AUUCUCGACUGUCUUUCCAAUACCUGACAUUUCCAAUAUUUCGCGUUACUUUCCGAUCCGAUAUUUCUCCUUCAAAAAAACAGUCAGGAUCCGAUAUUUCGGACACGAUCCAGAAGAUGUGCAGAAGAUCAAUCAUGUCGGAUUUCAUCCCGCGGAGCCGAUCGCGGCCACUUACAGACGAUUAUCUGAAGCCGGUCCUCAAGAAGGGCGUGGGAAAUUACUACUCGAAGCCGCUGAAAUCGAAGAUGGUUGGAUUGGAAGACGAUUUCGAGGCGGAUUUUCAGAAUUUCAGGGACGAUUCGGACGAAGAGGAUGAAGUAGAGGACGUGAAGCCGUUCUCUUUUCCCAAACUGGAUUUCUCUCGAGAAUAUUCUAUUAGAGCCAAAUCGGUGGAAUACAGUGGACCCGCGGAGAAAUCUGCGAAAAGGAAGAGAAAGAACCAGUUCAGAGGAAUCCAACAGUGUCCGUGGGGAAAAUGGGCUGGCAAGAUCAGAGACCCAAGAAAGGGUGUUACGCUCUGGCUUGGGACCUUCAAUAUUGCUGAAGAAGCUGCGAGUGCAUAUGAUGCUGAGGCUCGGAGGAUCCGGGGCAAGAAAGCCAAGGCGAAUUUCCCUGAAGAACCGUCCACAGUUGCUCUGAAACGCCCUGUGAAACCGAGUUCUCAGAAAGCUUUGAAGUCUGGGAAACCCACGUGCAAUCAAUACUUCAAUUUCAUCAACAGCUUGGAUCACGACUUCUACAACACCCUUGGGUUUAUAAAUGAGGAAUCAUCUGUUAAGCCAUCUGGGUAUUUGAGUUCCUUUCCCAUGAAUGGAAAUCCAGUGGAAUUUAAUUCUGUCAUGCCUUCUGAUGGUGGGUGCCUGUGUUUCAACUCUGAUCAAGGGAGUAAUUCUUUUGAUUCCUCAGAUUUUGGAUCGGAACAGGAGCCCAAAAGCCCUGAGACCUCAUCCAUUCUUGCAACUAAACCCGAAUCUGAUGGGUCGGAAUUCAUAGAAGAUGCAAACCUGAGGAAGAGACUGAAGAACAGUUCCAAGAAUGCAAUGCCAGUCGAGGAAGACAUGACAAUGGAAUAAUUCAGCCUAUACAAGUCUGUAUAUGAAGCUAGAUGCUAAGUAUGACAGCUAUCUACACAGCUAGAUCCAUAUCAACAGGAUACUUAUUUAAGAGUAUGCUAAUGUACACGGAUUAUGUUAAUCUGCUCUAAUGGGCCGCAUGAUUUGGAUGGUGUCUAGUCACAAGCACCGAUCCAUUCACAUCAGAACAUGGUUUUAAGGCUAGGUGAUGCAGACAACUCGUUCGGUCCUGAGUAGAGUCGUGACUCUCCAGAAUCAAACCGUGUCGCCACCUAUUUUCAA